UAUUUAUUCUGGGGGGGUGGCGUUCCGUUGCGGACGCGAGGCCACCGCAGCCCCCCUGUCAGGAGCGGCCGUUUCGGCAGGGUGACUUGCAUCUUCCCUGCCCCCGCGCCGGCACCGGGGCCGGGGGGGGGCCGUUCCCUCACCCUCCCCAUCUGAAGCCCCCCCUUCCCACCCCGGCUGCUCCCAGGUUUUGCAAAGAGGAGCAAUGAAGAGGAAGCUGGCACUCUCCAAGAUGCAGUUGGUUCUUCUCGUUUUAUUGGUGUGGCUACCAACAAGAUCAGUGCUGGCUGACUCCCUGGAAGAUGAAGCUAAGAAUAACAUCACCAUCUUUACAAGAAUUCUAGACAGACUUCUGGAUGGUUAUGAUAAUCGUCUUAGACCUGGAUUAGGAGAUAGUAUUACUGAAGUCUUCACUAACAUCUAUGUGACCAGUUUUGGACCUGUUUCAGACACAGAUAUGGAGUACACAAUAGAUGUUUUCUUCCGUCAGAGAUGGAAGGAUGAGAGAUUAAAGUUUAAGGGCCCAAUGAAUAUUCUUAGAUUGAACAACUUAAUGGCCAGCAAAAUCUGGACACCAGAUACAUUUUUUCACAAUGGGAAAAAGUCAGUGGCUCAUAAUAUGACAAUGCCAAACAAGCUUCUACGAAUACAAGAUGAUGGAACUCUCUUGUACACCAUGAGGCUUACAGUCCAAGCUGAAUGCCCAAUGCACUUGGAGGACUUCCCUAUGGAUGCUCAUUCAUGCCCAUUGAAAUUUGGCAGCUAUGCAUACACAACUUCAGAAGUGACAUAUAUUUGGACUUACAAUGCUUCAGAUUCAGUACAGGUGGCACCAGAUGGUUCAAGAUUGAAUCAGUAUGAUCUUUUAGGCCAAACAAUUGGAAAAGAGACAGUUAAAUCCAGUACAGGUGAAUAUACAGUAAUGACGGCUCAUUUUCACUUGAAGAGAAAAAUUGGUUAUUUUGUCAUUCAGACUUACCUCCCCUGUAUCAUGACUGUCAUUCUCUCUCAAGUGUCAUUCUGGCUGAACAGAGAAUCUGUACCUGCCAGAACAGUCUUUGGAGUAACAACUGUGUUGACAAUGACAACACUGAGCAUCAGUGCUCGAAAUUCACUCCCCAAAGUAGCAUAUGCAACAGCUAUGGAUUGGUUUAUUGCUGUUUGUUAUGCAUUUGUAUUCUCUGCAUUAAUUGAAUUUGCAACUGUAAAUUAUUUCACAAAACGAGGAUGGGCCUGGGAUGGAAAAAGUGUAGUGAAUGAUAAGAAAAAAGAAAAAGCGUCUGUCAUUAAGAAAAACAAUGCCUAUGCAGUGGCUGUUGCCAACUAUGCUCCAAAUAUUACCAAGGACUCAGUGCUACCAACCAUCUCCAAGAGUGCUACAACUGCAGAACCCAACAAGGCAAAACCAGAAGCGAAGCCACAGGAAGCAAAGAAGACAUUCAACAGUGUUAGCAAAAUUGACAGAAUGUCUAGAAUAGUGUUUCCUGUCUUAUUUGGUACUUUUAAUUUAGUGUAUUGGGCUACAUAUUUAAACAGGGAGCCUGUCUUACUUGGCUUUGCGCCAUCAACCUAAAAGCUGAAUUGCACUGAGGACUUAAAACAUCAUUCUAAUCAGAUAGGUUGUUCGCUAUGUACAGUACGACUAAUAACUGCUAAUCUGUGAACCAUUAUGUACAGAGUGUAUAUAGAUGUCUUAUCUGUGUAUCUCCAAAGGAGGGACACAGUGUUAAUUCAUGGGUCUGUAAACAGAUACCACCCAUGGCGAAUAUAGCCAGCUCUUUAAAAGUUAUACCCAGGGGAGUUCUGUUAAACUACAAUUCAAAUAUACAGAAUUAUAUUCUCUCCAUACAAUGAAAUGAAGAUAUGAUCCUACUUAAUUAUUUAGGAACAGUAUUUUUUUAAUUUAAAGUUAAGAUAUUUUUCUAUAAAGUACCUAAUUCUACUUUAAUGAAAUAAGCUGUCAUUUAAAAAAGUGAUUUUUUUAAAAAGGGUAUAAUUGUUUCGUACAAUAGUAUGAAACAAUGUACAUGUACCCAUGUACAUAAGAGUACAGAGGUCGUACAGUUCUAUUGUUCACAACCAUUCUGGAUACUAGUUAGGCUGAAGAAAUAGUAAAGGCAAAAGCCACAAGUUUCUUACUUCUGUCCUGUUUGAAGUUGUUAAUAAACUAUUCCAAUUGAUUUCAGGGAAAAGUAGGUGUUAAUCAAAUUUCUAAUAUCAGGCAACUUCCAGUCAUAUUCUUUUCACUGUUUUCUUUAUAUGAUGUUGCUAAACCAGGUUGUCUGGUUCAGCAAAGUUGGAUUUUUCUGCUUCUUGACUUUGUUCUUAAUUAUAUUAUUGUCGGGUUCAUAAAAGCACUCAAAUUUUGGGGGAUUAAGUUUAUCAGUAAUAUAAUAUACUCUUUUCCUUGCUUAGUGAUAUGCUAAAACCUGCCAUUGAAAGAUUUACCUGUGUUUGUCCCAGAAAGCAUAUUUUUCAAAGGAAACAAGCAUUCAUGAUUUAAGUUCAGGAAAUUGUCCAUAUGAAUAAAAUUUACUGCUGCUUUUGUAAAUUGCAACUUUACAUUUCGCUGACAUAAAUUUCCAACAACUUUGUAUACUAGAAAUGAUUUUGCUAAGAUUUGAAUGUUAUUUUUUUAAUAAAAGGUCAUGCAUCAUCAGUAGGCAUCAAUUGUAUUUCAUAUAUACGAUUAUGACAAAAUUGGAGCUGCCAUUUGCAAUUUUAUAUGAACAUUUAAUAUUGAUCAGUAUAUAUAUAUUUUUUUUCUUCUAAGCCUUUGCAAACAUUCUUUAUGCCCCUAAAGGCCUGGUAAAUUAUGACGUAAGUAAUAACUGUGUACUGUAUUUAGAUUUUAGUAUAUGUGGCCAAUCCAAAAUAUUUUGAUUCACACAUACAUUAGCAGUUAUUAGUUGACCUUUAAAAAAGAUACACCUUUAUGAUGAUGUCUUCUAGUAGAGACAUACGUAGUCGUAUAGUGUCAUUUAUUGCAGUUUUGUACAGUAUUUGAGUAUAGUGCAUAAAAUAGGUAUGUUCAGAGUUUAACAAAGUUGUACAAAUAUUUCUAAAAUCAAAUAAAAGAGUAUCUUAAGACAUGGAAAUGUGCUAAAAUCAACAAAGAGAAACUGCUUUCAUUUGCUGUUUUAUUUUUUUGAUUUUUUUUUGCUUUUAAUGUGGUUCUGUUUUGUACUUUGUGUGACAGUAUAGAUGCCAAGGUCACAAAUGCAUUUUAAGAACAGAAUUAAUAGUUAAGACAGAGUUGACAUCAACAAAAUAAGUCAGCAAAAUAAAGGGAGAAGCAUUGACAAGGUGUGUAUCCCUUUAAGUCCCUCUAAUUAAACUCUCAGAUUGAACCUUUCUCAUCAACAGUAGUUAAAAAAUGAGCACUUUACUUAGAACAUUAAAAUAAAAAUAUCCUUAUUUUCAUAUAUAAUUAUAUAUAUAUGUAGAUCUUCCAUGUAAUAUGGAGAUGCGUGCAAUAGUGUGAUUAUGAGCAUAAGGCUGGAAGGCAAGCAAUAAAAUUAAAAAAAAAAAAAAAAAAGGUUCUUUUCAUGGUAUAAUUAUACAUUUUUAAAAUGUUUCACUUGUAAGUUUAAAAUUUUCCCUUUAAUGCCACAUUGUCCAGGUAUGAAUAAAUAUAUAAAUAUGUACAUAUGUACAAAUAAUUGUAAAUAUUAGAACUGUAGAAAAAUCCUUUCACUUUUAACUCUGUUUUUGGCAAAGGGCUCUGAAUGUAUAGUUUAAUGGAGGCCCAUGCUUAACUGCUCUUGGACUUGAGUAGCUUACGUUUUCUGUAGCUGAGGUCUGUGACCUAGUGCGAGUUCUUACGUUCAGUUCACAUCAGCAAGAUUUAGGGACUCUGAACCACAAUGAACUUGGGAAUGAGAAAGAGGUUUGUGUUUCACCCUUGGCCACAUCCCAGAUACUCCCAACACUUCACAAUAUUUAAAUAAUGUUGUGCAUUACUCCACAGAUGACACUGUGUAGUCAGCUCUCCCCACUACAAACAUGAGUAUUCUUGGAGGCAUGUUGGAUAACAAUAAGGAAAGAUUUUACAUCCUUAUGUAAGAAUGGGUACCCUGGAUGUGUUUUAACUGUACAAGUCUUCUUCUCCAGCAAGUACUCUUCUUUUCUCUGGUAGAUAGCAUCUGUGUAAUUUUCAACUGCAUGCAAAAAGCAUAUCUUCAGUUUGCACAAGAAGCCUGAUGCUGUUUCAUGUGAGUCAGCUCUGCUGCUACUACUUUUAUUGGGUGCAACUACUUUUUUCUUCACUGACCAUUUUCUCUAUGCUUGUGUUAUGCAUAGAGACAAUCGAGCAAAAGAAUGGGUGCUUAUCACAUGCUAAAGAUAUAUUUUUCACAUACUACUAUAGAAAAAUGAGCAUAUUAUUAUGCCUACUAUACUAUUAUUUAUUACUAUAAAUUCACUCUGUAAAAGUUAAUCAUGUUAAGUAUCUCCAUUCAGUUCCUGUGGGCAUCAGCAAGGUUUUGGAUUGUAUACACUACAGAAGAGGUUUACUGUUAAAUUUAGUUCAGUUGGUCUGCAUUAAAGCAAACUCCUGUGGGAGUUAGGAGUCUGAUUUAUUAUUCACUACCAAAACAUCUAAAAUAAGUAAGCUGGCUACAAAAAAAUUGCUAAUUUUUAAGACUAACAACUGGAUAAGUGAAUUUGAAUGUAAACAUUAAAGUGAACACAAGCAUCAUGCAAGGAACACUAAAAUACUAUAGUUAGGCCUUCUUUCCAUUUAGCAGUAUAGCUAGUCUGUGUGGGAUUUUAAUGCUUGUCUCAGAAAUGUAUAUGCCAAACAAAAAUUUAUUUUAUUUUUAAUAAGACUUGCUGAUAUUAAACACUUAAAACAAAGAGAGAGCAUCAACGAACUAAUGCAAAUUAUCUCACUGUUAGAGAUUUGCACAUGGAAUCUAUCUGUGAAAUUUUUGGUUGACAUAAUAAUUUAUUUUUUCUAUUCUUGCAGGGUGUCAUGUCAUAUUCUAUGUGACUUAAGAAACAAAAAGAAUAAAUGCAAUGAU